GUUACUUUUGGAUGGAAGUAUGCCCUUUUCCCAAUAGAAGAUGGUAAUCUUGGAGAAUGACCAUGGAGAAGGGGAUGAGUUCUGGAGAAGGACUGCCUUCCAGAUCAUCUCAGGUUUCAGCUGUUAAAAUAACAGCCAAAGAUUUGGAAACAAAGCAGUCCCAUAAAGAGAAACGAGGAGGCUUUGUGUUGGUGCAUGCAGGUGCUUUCAGAGAUGAGGCAAUUGAAAAGCUACAGGCUGGUUCUCUUGCGACAGAUGCAGUGACUGCAGCACUGGUGGAACUUGAGGAUUCUCCUUUUACAAAUGCUGGAAUGGGAUCUAAUCUAAAUCUCUUAGGUGAAAUUGAGUGUGAUGCCAGCAUAAUGGAUGGAAAAUCCUUAAAUUUUGGAGCAGUUGGAGCACUGAGUGGAAUCAAGAACCCAGUCUCAGUUGCAAACAGACUCUUGUGUGAAGGGCAGAAGGGCAAGCUCUCAGCUGGCAGAAUUCCUCCCUGUUUAGCUGCAUUUAAAAGAAACAAGAGGAAACUAGAACUGGCAGAAAGGGUGGAAACAGAUUUCAUUCAACUAAAGAAAAGAAGACAAUCAAGUGAAAAGGAAAAUGACUCAGGCACUUUGGACACGGUGGGCGCUGUGGUUGUGGACCACGAAGGGAAUGUUGCUGCUGCUGUCUCCAGUGGAGGCUUGGCCUUGAAACACCCGGGGAGAGUUGGGCAGGCUGCUCUUUAUGGAUGUGGCUGCUGGGCUGAAAAUACUGGAGCUCAUAAUCCCUACUCCACAGCUGUGAGUACCUCAGGUUCACCUUUCCUCGCCAGUGAAGAUGGCGUGCUUGGUGGAGUGAUUGUUCUCCGAUCGUGCAGAUGUUCUACAGAGCCUGACUCCUCCCAAAAUAAGCAGACACUGCUAGUGGAAUUUCUGUGGAGCCACACAACAGAGAGCAUGUGUGUUGGAUAUAUGUCAGCCCAGGAUGGGAAAGCCAAGACUCACAUUUCAAGACUCCCUCCUGGUGCGGUGGCAGGACAGUCCGUCGCAAUUGAAGGUGGGGUUUGCCGCCUGGAGAGCCCAGUGAACUGACCCUUCAGGCUGAGCGUGAGGCCUCUGAGAUGCAUUUCAGAACCUGAGCUUUUUGGGGUUUUUAUGAAGUGGGAUGUUUUAUCUUCCUUGUUUUAUAAUUCCUAUCGCAACCUCGUGCACCGCUCGAGACACAAGUGCUGCUGUAGUUAGCGCUUAGUGACAAGCGGGCCUUUGGCGGGUGAGUGGGAUCGUGUGUGUGCAUGUGUGUGCGCGUGCGUGUGUGCUUGCUUCUCCCUUUAUGAAAUAGAAAUUCCUCAUUGUGUAACCUAAGACCAGGAA